AUGAGUCGCACCGGCAGCAGCACCGGCGACCGUCCCGCCUCGGCCGACCUCUCCGGCAGCAUCUACCUCAUCACGUCCGACGGCCAGACGCUCAAGCUGCCCAUGCCCAGCACGUCGCCAUAUGAUCCUCUGACCUGGAGCUUGACGAAGCGCCUCCUCGCCAUGGGCGUCCUCGUGCUGUACUCCAUCGUCUCCAUGAUGGAGACGCAGGCCGCCACCCUGAUGUAUCGCUCCUUUGCUGCCGAGUUCAACGGCAACCAAGUCGACAAGUUCCCACUCAACAUCCUCGUCUCGACGCCGAGCACGCUUUCUCUCGGCCUCGGCGCCUUUCUCUGGAUCCCCCUCUCGGUGGCUGUCGGAAGACGCCCCGUCUUCCUGCUCGCUUCUUGCUGCUUGACCCUCGCCACCGUACUAGCGGCGAAUGCUUCGGGCUUCUACCAACUCCUCGGAGCGUUGAGCUUGCAAGGGUUCUCGGCGGGACUGAGCCUGAGUGCUUCGAUACUCAUCGUCAUUGACCUCACCUUCAUCGAUGAGCGUCCCAACGCCCUCGGCAUGUUCUGGAGCAUCGGCCUCGGCGGCGCCCUCUUGUCCCUUCCGAGCGUCACGCCUCUCUCAAGCCCAGGAUGGAGAGGCUUCUACGCGGCCUGGGUCGGCCCCUGCCUCGCCGUCUUCGUGUGCGCCUUCUUCUUCCUCCCCGAGACGUAUUUCGUCCGGCCGGCCGUUGCGUUCGAUGGCCGCAUUCUCGUGCAGGGCGGCUCGGAAAAGGUCCGGAUGUACGACGACUGGGAACAGAUACCCGGCAAUAAGGUCUACGACGACUCCGCCUCUGGCUCUACCUCUACCUCUACCUCUACCUCCGCUGCCACCGCCGCUGCCACCACCACCACCACCACCACCACCGCCACUGGUCAAGCCGUGUCCGUAGUCCCCGAGACGCUGUGGCAGGGUAUGGUCCGACGGUGGGGUGUCCGAAAGAGCGGCGCGGGCUUCCGGGAGAUGUGGACGUGCUACGUCCAGACGAUACUCUGCGCCUGCAACCCGCUCGUCUUCUGGGUCGCCAUCCUCAACGCCCUCAACUUCGGCGCCAUGCUCUUCAUCGGCGAGACGUACGCCGUCGUCAUGUCCCAGCCGCCCUACAACCUCCCCGAGCGCGUCAUCUCCAUGGUCAACCCCGUCUCGGCCAUCGGCUCCCUGCUCGCCUGGCCCGUCUCGACCAUCCUGACGUCCCGCGUAGCCCGCCGCCUGACGCUCCGCAACGGCGGCAUCCGGGACGCCGAGCACUACCUCAUCGCCUUCCUGCCGCCGGUCCUCGCCGGCGCCGGCAGCGUCUUCCUGUACGGGCUGACGGUGCAUUACAAGUGGAGCUUUAUCUGGAUCUUUGUGUCUUAUCUCAUCAACGCCUUCAGCGCCGCCUCGUACGGCAUCGCCUCGACGCUCUGGGUCACCGAGGCGUUCCCUCGCUGGGCGGCGCCCGCCAUGAUCAUCGUCGGGGGCGCCGGCUACAUGUUGAGCUUCGCGACGAGCUACGCCGUCACGCCGUGGCUCGAUUCGCAGGGCUACCUGGGCGCCAACUUCGAGCUGGGCGCCAUUCUGUUGAUCGUCGGAGGCGUUGCUGUGCCGCUCGCGUUCUGGGGGAAGAGUCUGCGGCAGUAUAUCGACGGAAAAUGGGGUGUGUCUGAGGCCGGAGCGUUGCGGCCGCAGCAGACUGGUGAACAGCAUUUCCACUGACACGCCGCUUGCGUUGAUACCAAAGAUUGCGAAGGCUGUAUCACAGCAACGCUGUGAGCCUCCAUCUGCCAUUUUCUUCUUUAGCUUCUCGUGGCUCGUUCCUGAGCAAAAGCCGACCUUCAAUGAUAAUCAUGACCUUGCAAUGACUUCACAGACUCUAUGUCCA